AAACCUUUUCCCUGUUUCAGAGACGCCCGGAACAGCAGAGUUGCUCUGUUUGACGGCAUUGAGGAGGGAGGCAUCCGAGCAUCAUCACUUUACUCCUCCUAUAAUGAAAUUGAUGAACAAGAUAACGAGCGAGCAAUGGGUGGAUUGCAAGAUAGAGUCAGUUUGUUGAAAAGAAUCUCAAGUGAUAUACACGAGGAGGUGGAUAGUCAUAACCGGAUGCUGGACCGCAUGGGGAAUGACAUGGAUUCUUCAAGAGGAGUUCUUUCAGGAACUAUGGACAAAUUCAAAAUGGUAUGUGGAUUGUGGAAUUGUAAAACCAUAUGGCUUUUGCAGUAGAGUUUUCAUCUGGUUCUGAUUUUUCUUUGUAUUUGUUUUCUUCUCUACUUUUUUUCCCCACUCUUUUAAUUAUGUUGUACCUUCUUUCAGGUCUUUGA